AAAUUUUGUAUUACGUAAUCUCCUUGAAUUUUUAUUUUCCUUUUUGCUGCAAAAUUAUUUAUAUUUUGUAUAAUAUAGUUUUUUAUAUAGUAUUAAUUAAUUUUGUAUAAAAAAUUUGUGUUUUUGUGGGUGUUGUUUGAUGAGGAUGAUGAUGAUGAUGAAUUAAUUGAUGAAGAAGGAAAGGAAGAGGAAAGAGAAAGGGAACGAGGAACGCCCAGUUGGGUUUGAACAAGUCCAUGGCGAUGGGUUUGACGAUCCCAGGCUCUGGGUUCAAGAAAUGAAGAGGAAGGAGAAAGAAUUUUUAAAAUUUUUAUUGCCAUUCGAUACCACCUUGUCUCAAGCCCGUCCUCAAGCAGCAACCCCUAGUGUGUCCUCCUCGGAAAUUAAUCAAGUAUGCUCCCUCAACUCUUCCUCUAGUUCUCACUCGGCCCAUGACCUUACCUCUUCACCCAUUCUCUUACCGGCCUACAAUUCCACACCCCCACCAAUCCAACAUUGUUCUCCCUUAAGGUCCAUUGCCCAAUCAUCUCCACCCACCAAGCUUGACACAAACUCCGUGUCUCAGCAACCUACUUCCACCUUGCCUUCAUCUCCUGCCCCAAGCUCGCAGCUUAUGCCCACCAAUGCCACCUCUCUUUCUCCCUCUUCCAAUGCCACCACCGACUCACCUCUAACCCCACACCCACCUCCUGUACCCCCCCGCACCCAUGGCAUGAUCACUAGGUCUCAAAAUAAUAUCUUUAAACCUAAGACCCUAUUCACUAUGACUAAACACCCAAUUGAUCCCCCUCUAGAACCCACUUGUGUUAGUCAAGUCUUGAAACAUCAUCAAUGGCGUCAAGCUAUGUCUGAUGAGUUUAAUGCCUUGGCUCAGUACAUUCGUGAUUUACUGGAUAAAUUUGGCAUGGCUGAGGCUAAAUCGGUUUCCUCCCCAGUGGCCACUGCUGCUCUUCAGUUGCACCAAGGUCUCAAACUUUUAGAUCCUUCUCUGUAUCGGUGUCUUGUUGGCUCUUUACAAUAUCUUAAUCUCACUUGGUCGGAUAUUACCUUUGCGGUCAAUCGUCUUUCCCAGUUCCUUCAUGCUCCAUCUAAUGUCCAUAUGCAGGCAGCCAAGCGUAUACUAUGUUAUCUCAAAGGGUUUGUCUUUCAUGGACUUCUACUCUACCGGCAACCUCUGUCCCCUCUUCAUGCUUUUUCUGAUUCUGAUUGGGCCAGUGACAAGGAUACCCUUCAGUCUACCACUGGCUUCAUUGUGUUCUUGGGUAGCACUCCAAUUUCUUGGAAAGCUUGCAAACAAAAGGCUGUUGCUCGUAGUUCAACUGAGGCGGAAUAUCGUUAUUAUGAAUACAAAUCAUCGUUUUCUAGUUACAAAGCUUGUUCCAAUAGUGAGCACUUAGAACCUGGUCAGAAAGUAAAUGCUAGCAAGUCAAAGAUCUUUUCUCCAAAUACAAACCGAGGAUUAAUUGAUGAGAUCACUCAAUUUUCGAGGAUAGAAGCAACCGAUGACCUUGGUCGCUACUUGGGUGUUCCUUUACAUCACAAGAGAGUUACUAGGGCGACCUAUUAUGACUUGCUUCUUAAAGUUAAAACCAAGUUAUCAAGCUGGAAGGCUGCACAAUUAUCUUUUGCAGGACGCCAAGUGCUAAUUAAAUCAGUAUCUUCCACAGUUGCAAACCAUGCCAUGCAGUCUGCAAAGCCUCCUAAUGCUGUGUGUAUGGAUAUUGAUAGAGCCAAUAGGGAAUUUUUAUGGGGAGGAUCGGACGACAAACGUAAAAUUCCACUAGUUCGAUGGGAUGUGGUCUGUACCCUUAAAGAGUUUGGUGGCUUAGGAUUUAGAUCAACCUCUUCCAUGAAUUUAGCAUUGCUAUCCAAAGUAGGAUGGAAGCUUGCGACUGAGUCAGAGCCACUGUGGAUUCAAAUACUAAAGGCUAAAUAUUUCCCUAAUUGUGAUUUUCUUCAAGCAAAGGCUAAACAAAAUGCCUCAUACACAUGGAAGGGCAUUUUAGAAACUCAAGAAUUGGUCUCCAUGGGCAUGGCUACUGGCUCCAUUCCUGAAUCUGAGUUACGAAAGACGGUGGCAGAAUAUUGGAACUCUCAUGGAUGGAAUUGGGGACUACUUAAACCUAUGUUACAUGAUAAUAUUAUACAAUUACUAGAGCUCCAUGUGCUUAAUGAUCAACAUUUAGAAAUGGACUCUAUUUAUUGGAAAAGCUCUAGUACUGGUGAGUUUUCUACCAUGAGUGCUUAUGAAUUAUUGACUAAUUCUAGCCUUUCUCCAUUGGCAGGUUGUUGGAGCAAGGUAUGGAGUUUAACAGCACCUCCAAAGGCCAAGUCCUUAUUAUGGCUCAUGUUGCAUGAUAGAGUUCUAACAAAUAGUUCCAGAUUUGCAAGAGGGAUUGCACAGAAUGAUACUUGUCCUCGUUGCUAUACUCAUGGAGAGGAUAUUCUACACUUAUUUAGGGACUGUCCGGUAUCUAAAAGGAUAUGGAAGAGGUGGAUUAAUGAUAGUCUUUGGCUUCGUUGGCAGCAAAUGAACCACUUGACAUGGAUCAAACAUAAUCUUUCAUGCACAAAUGUUACGAUUGAGUUUGAUUUAGAGUGGGGUGUGGCCUUUGCAAUUGUUUGCUGGUAUCUUUGGCUUGGACGGAAUAAAGCAGCUUUCGAUGAUGACCUUACAUGGACCAGCAAUAAGGAGUCUAUGCUGAAGAAUCAUUUCAUAGAGGCUGCUUGCCUUUUGAAGCAACAUCAUGCAAGCUUGAGAAGGGAAUUUCAGGUAGGUUGGGAUCCUCCACCAAGUGGAUUUGUUAAGUUAAAUGUUGAUGGUUCCGCUCGCGGUUCACCUGGCCCUUCAACGGCUGGAGGCUGUUGCCGUGACGCAUCAGGAAAUUGGUUGUUUGGCUUCAAUCAACAGCUAGGUGAUGGCCACGCCAUUCGUGCAGAACUUUUUGCUUUAUGGAAAGGCAUGGAGCUAGCUUGGAACAUGGGGUUUCGACAUAUUAUUGUGGAGACAGAUUCUCUUCUAGCUGUUCAAAAAUUGCAAAGUAGCUCCACAACAAUCACAUCAUUAACUUAUUGGGUUCAAAGGUGCAAGUCUCUCAUGGAAAGAAAUUGGACAUGUGUGAUUCGACAUGUGUUUCGAGAGCAAAACGUUUGUGCAGAUGCAAUGGCAUCUCAGUUUUAUCACCUAAGGGGAAGUUUCCUUUAUUUUGAACAACCCCCUGAUGUGGUUCGAUCUCUUCUCCAAGAAGAUAAUUUAGGAGUUUGUAGGCCACGUGCCACUAGAUAAUCCAAUGCUGUAAGCAUUGCCCAAUGUACCGAAAAAAAAAAGUAUGCUUUUCA